AUGACCGAGACCCCCAUCGAUACGACCGUAUUUGCAGUUCGUAGGAAUAGAACGACAAAAAAGAGAAGUGGACCAAAAACUCGAAUUUUACCCCUAUGGAUCGAAAUUUGGCUCGGUUCAUCGUCAAUUAUUUGCUUUCUCGACGUUAUGUUUACAAUGCUUCGGCCGUAUAGCACAAACGGAAUACUCGCUACUUUCUUUUAUAUUUGGAAUGUGUAUGCCAGUGUAGACGCUCGCUACGCUGAUGCCAACGAUCUCGUUACGUGCGCCACUGGACGAAUUAUGUUGAUUGAAAUAGCGCUAAAUCUCAUCACCUUAACCAUGUCUCGUCGACAAUCUCGUCACGCCCUUCUGACCGCAUUUACAACAUCUGCCUUCGUCUUUUGGAAGACACUUUGGUUCCUCACACUCUACAUUAUGCCACCACCCGGAAACAUGUCCUACUUUGCUGACGAAACCACUUAUCUUCGUCUCGUGCUUAUUUUUUGGAUUCCGAAUGGAUUUUGGGUUGCGGUUCCGUUCACGGUAAUGGUGGCGCUAUGGAACAAACUAGCAUUACCAGUUGACAGAAUCCAGGACUAUGAAACAAUUGACAAGAUCUGA